UGUGGAUUAGUUAAUUGAGUUUGUGUUUCAGGCUGAGAUCUCCUGCAGCAGAUGAGGGAAGAUGUUGGCCAUGGAUCAAGGCGUAGUGGAGGAGUGGCUGUCUGAGUUUAAGACUCUUCCAGACACAGCCGUCUCCAGCUACGCUGCCUCUCUGAAGGACAAGGGCUCUCUGGUUCCUGCGCUCUAUAAAGUCAUUCGGGAGAAUUACAGCGACCUGCUGGAGCCGGUGUGUCAUCAGUUGUUCGAGUUUUACCGCAGCGGCGAGCCGCGUUUACAGCGCUUCACUCUGCAGUUUCUGCCGGAGCUGGUGUGGAGUUACCUGUUGGUGACGGCGGCGCGAGAUCCUCACUGCAGCGGCUGCAUCGAGGCACUUCUGCUCGGCAUCUACAACCUGGAAAUCGUUGAUAAAGACGGGCAGAGUAAAGUGUUGUCCUUCACCAUCCCUUCCUUAUCGAAGCCAUCGGUUUAUCACGAGCCGUCUUCCAUUGGCUCUCUGGCCUUGACGGAAGGAGCCUUAGCCAAUCACGGUCUGAGUCGUGUGGUGUACAGCGGCCCCCACCUGCAGCGCGAGACCUUCACCGCGCAGAACAGGUUUGAGGUGCUGACGUUCCUGCUGCUGUGUUAUAAUGCGUCUCUGAGCUACAUGAGCAGCUCGUCUCUGCAGUCUCUGUGUCAGCUCAGCUCCAGAGUCAGUAUCUGUGGAUAUCCGCGGCAGCAGGUGCGGCGCUAUAAAGGCAUCAGCUCGAGGCUCAUGGUCACGUCAGAGUUCCUCGUGCAGCUCAUCACCGGCAUUCAUUUCGCACUGUGUAACGGUGAGGUGGAGCUGGGCUCGAGGGCUCUGGAUGACGUGUUGUACCGAGCGCAGCUGGAGCUCUUCCCAGAAGCACUGCUGGUGGGAAACGCCAUCAAGUCGUCUCUCCACGGCGCGUCUCUGAAAGCCAAUAAAGAGGGAACUCGCUCCAUCCAGGUGGAGAUCACUCCCACGGCUUCCCGCAUCUCCCGUAACGCCGUCACCAGCCUGUCCAUCCGCGGACACCGCUGGAAACGCCACGACGCAGUGGAUUUGGGUUCCCCGGAUGAGCUGACGGAGAUCGUGGAGGUGGACGAGGGUAUCUGCACACAAGCGUGCGCCGCUCCGAGCAGCCCGCCGACCAUCGUCAUCAGCAGCAGCGGCGGGAAACCGGGCGGGAAGGGUCUGCGCCGCCUGACAGGCCGCUCCAGCAAAGACAAGGACGCGGCGACCGGCGUGGAGCAGCUGUCGCGCAAACAGGCCACCGUCCGCGCCAUGAGCGAGAACCUGGAGCUGCUGUCGCUCAAGCGCUUGACGCUGACCAAGAGUGGCUCGCUGAGUCUGUCGCGCACCGCUAGCGCCGUCUUCUCACGCUCCUUCGAGCAGGUCAGCAGUGUCCUCGCCUCCAGCCCCACAGCCAAUCACGUCGCGGAGGCGGACGAUGGGGGCGUGGCUUAUUUGGAACACUUAAGCCCCGCCCACCAGCACCGGCAGCGCUCGCCCACCAUCAGUAUCCACGUGACCUCUGACCUGUGACCCUAAACAGAGACGCUCACCGCUGCCACCUUGUGGCAGGAAACUGCAGCACCUUACAGGAAGUCCGUUUACUUUUUUCCUUCGGUUUUCGUCAGUCGUGAUCGAUUACCAAAGUCAUGUAUUUUUGAAGUGUUUUUACUCCAUGUGAAGUCAGACGUUGUGUAUUUUUAAUGUCGAUUCGGACGUUUUCAUGGUAUUAUUACUCGAUUUUUACGUGUACGAACUGCAGUUCCUCUUCUCUACGUAUCCCAGCAUGCACUGCGCUCCAACAUGAAGCCAUCACGUCACAGUUUCCAGGAAUUCGGAUGCUUGAUUACAAACCCGAGUGGAAAAUCCUGUUUAAAUCAGACCAAAACGAGAGCCGGAUUCAUGUGACGUCAGAUAUUUCCCUUUCGUUAUUCACUAAUUCAAGUAAACUGUCAAAAUGCAUACAUUUACAUAUGAUAUUUAAUUUUGUAUUAAUGAUGCAAUUUUUAAUUAAUAGCGAAGCAAAAUAAAAUAAAAUAGUGUAAUUAAAACAUAUUUGUUUGACUGGGAUUUUAUUUGCCUUUCAUUAUUAAGCAAUUGUCAAAUUGUAUACAUAUACAUGCAAUAUUUAAUUUACUGUUUUUUUUAGUUUUAUUUUAGUU